CAGCUGAAGGGAAGACAGUAAAACCUGAACUCUCCCCCCAGCCCAUAAUCCUCCGGCCGGCUGCCCGUUGAGGCGCAGCGGCCCCGGGGCCUGAGCGUGUGGGCCCCCGCGGAGCAGGGCGGGCUGCGGUGCCGGUGCAGGACCUUAACCCCACACUUUCGGACACUUUUGAGGGCGCUUGGACGGUCCCGAACGCCGGAUACACAUAGAGGACGAGGCGCAGCCCGGUGGUCGGUGCUGGUUUGGACCUUCACCCCAAACUUUGGGACACUUUUGAGGGUUCUUGGACUGUCCCGAACGCCAGAUACACAUAGAGGACGAGGGUGGUCGGUGCCAUGGACGCUCGCCGGUCUCCGGUCCGGACCCCCCUGGUCCAGGUCCUGGUUCAGGUCCUUGUCCAGGUCCUGGUCCUGGUCCUGGGCUUGCCCCCCGCACACACCUGGGACCUGGUCAUCCUCCACACCAACGACGUGCACGCCCGGGUGGAGGAGACCAGCGCGCUGUCCGGCCGCUGCCCGCGGGGCGCGGACUGCUUCGCCGGCGUGGCCCGCAGGGCGACGGCCGUGCGGCGGGUCCGGAGCGCGGAGCCGGCCGUGCUGCUGCUGGACGCCGGGGACCAGUUCCAGGGGACCGUCUGGUUCAACUACUACAAGGGAGCGGAGGCUGCGCACUUCAUGAACAAGAUGCGCUACGACGCCAUGGUUUUAGGAAAUCACGAGUUUGAUAUUGGAGUCACUGGUUUAAUGAAACCGUUCCUGGAGAACGUCAACUGUUCCAUCCUUAGUGCUAACAUCAAAACAGACAAAACGCUGGCGUCUACGUUUGGCACCACAUAUUUACCCUACAAGAUCUUCACAUUUGGUGAGCAGAAGGUGGCCGUGGUGGGAUACACCUCACGAGAAACGCCUGCUCUGUCUAGACCAGGACCGCACUUGACGUUCGAGGACGAGGUCACCGUCUUGCAGCAGCAAGUGGAAAAACUGAGCAGACUGAAUAUCAACAAGAUCAUCGCUCUGGGCCACUCAGGCUUCAAGGUGGACCAGGAGAUCGCCAGGAAGGUCCGUGGCGUUGACGUGGUCGUUGGCGGACACACCAACACGUUCCUGUUCACAGGAAGCCCUCCCUCCACCGAGGUCCCAGCGGGCUCCUACCCCUUCAUGGUGACGGCGGAGGACGGCCGCAGGGUUCCCGUGGUGCAGGCCUACGCCUUUGGGAAGUACCUGGGGAACCUGAGAGUGAGUUUCGAUGAUAAGGGGGAUGUGGUGAAGACCACGGGGAACCCCAUCCUGCUGGACCACAGCGUUGAACAAGACCCAGAGGUUCUGGCGGAGGUGGAGGAGUGGAAGAAGAAGCUGGCCAGCUACUCAGCUCAGGAGGUGGGGAAGACGCUGGUGUUUCUCAACGGGACCACAGAGGCGUGCCGCUCUCAGGAAUGUAACCUAGGAAACCUCAUCUGUGACGCCAUGUUGGACAGCAACAUCCGGGUCUCUGAUGAUCAGCAGUGGAACCACGUCAGUGCAGCCAUCUACAACGGCGGUGGAAUCCGGACCUCUAUUGACGAGCGCGUCCGCAAUGGUUGGAUCACCACGGAGGACGUGAUCGCCGCCGUUCCCUUCGGGGGGACCUUCGACCUGAUCCAGCUGAACGGUUCCAUUCUGAGGGAAGCCUUCGAGCACUCAGUGAAACGAUACGGCCAGAGAGCCGGGGAGUUCCUGCAGGUGUCAGGACUUCAUGUUGAAUUUGACGUCUCCAGACCUCCAGGACAUCGCGUGAAAAGCCUCAGCAUCCUCUGCACUAAGUGUCGCGACCCUCACUAUGAAGCAGUCCAGGACCAAACGGUUUACACCGUGGUGGUGCCGUCCUACAUGGUGAUCGGCGGGGACGGGUUCUCCGUCAUCAGGGACGGGAUCCUCAAACACGACAGCGGGGACUUGGACCUUUCAGUUUUGUCCAACUACAUCCAACAGAGACAGAGAGUUUAUCCUUCUGUUGAAGGACGCAUCAAGAUCUACAACCGGGCCUCUGGACUUCACAACACUCCACUGGUGUUACUGGCGUCUCUGCUGCUCUGGAGUCUCUGUGGGAGCGUGUGA